AUGGUCCUGGGCCUGUUUGGGCAGUCCUGGGGAGGGACCCUCCCUCCAGCUCCUGGGGCUGAGGUGACGCUGUGCCCGGCAGGGAAAGAAGCUCAGCUUGUCCAAGAGAAGAUGGACUCCCUGCGGAUGAGGUUCCUGAUUGUGAGCCAGAGCGGCAGUAGCAUCCUGCACCGCCUGGAGCAGACUGUGGAGGCCUCCUGCCAGUUGGGCCCCGCCCAGGAGGAUCUGGCCCUGUGGCUGGACCGCCUGGAGAGAGAGCUGUCCCUGCAGGGCAGCUGCCUGGGAGACAGGCCCAGCCCACUCAGGACAGCAGACAGAGAGAAGUUUGAACAGGUGCUGCGAUCCGAGCUGGCCAAGGUGGCCCAACUCAAUGCCCACCUGGAGGAGCUGGGCCAAGUGCACUUGGACGCUCCGGCCAUCUGCUCGCAGCUCGCAGCUCUGAAGCUUCUUUCGGCAGAGAUCUUGCACCACCAUGGCCUCGUGGAACGGCUCAUGGCAAUCGCUGACCCACUGCUCAGCUUGUGCCCCCCAGAAUUGCAGGAGGAGCUCCAGCCGUUGGCUCAGCCCCUGCGGGAGCAGACAGAGCGUCUUCUGCACCAGAGUUCGGCCUGUGGCGUGCGGCUGGAGCGUGCCCAACUGCUGCUGGCCCAGUACGAGGAUGCCUAUCAGGAGCUCUGCCCAUGGCUGGAGGAGACGAGCCGGGCAGCGGGGCAGCUCUCCCUCAACAGCAUCAGCUGCGAGGCCUUCAAGGAGCAUCAGGAGCUGGUGGUCUCCGGGAGGCCAUUGCUGAACACAAGCCCCUGA